AUGGUCUCGUCGACAUUUCGCACACUUUUAUCAGUUGUUCUGUACAUUUUAUUAUUUUAUUCCAUUUUCGAUGUUUAUUAUACGUCACCACUCGUACAUGGGAUGGACUACAAGCGUCCGUCUCGCCCUAGCUUAGUUGGGACAGUCGUGUUCAUCGUUGCAGAUGGUCUUCGUUACGACAAGCUUUUUACGCUUGAAAUGGAGAACACCCCAACACUAAGGGGCAUCAUUUUGAAUGAGGGCAGUUGGGGGUAUUCGCACACGAGGGUCCCUACCGAGUCUCGUCCUGGUCAUGUUGCUCUUUUCGCUGGAUUUUAUGAAGACGUGGCUUCAAUCACCAAAGGAUGGCAAGCGAAUGCUGUCGAGUUUGACUCCAUCUUCAAUCGCUCUUACCAGGCUUUUGCAUGGGGCGGUCCUGAUGUGGUCCCUAUGUUUCAACCCCUUCAUCGUGUUGGAGAUGCACGAGUUAAGAUAGAAAGCUAUCCACACGUCAUGCUCGAUUUCACCGCCGAAAAUAUAACUCAAGUUGACGACUGGGUUGUUGACCGAUUUUCGGAUUUCAUGAAAACACAUUCUCAUCUCCUACUGAAAACAAAUUCAUCAGAAUCACCCGAAGAUGGCUUUCGUAAAGGCAAUUUCAUCUUUCUUCAUCUCAGUGCGGCUGACCAAAUGGGGCACACAAAAAAGCCAGAUUCUGAAGCCUACACUGCGAUGAUUCAUAAUCUCGAUACUAAUAUCGCUCGCAUUCUCGCGAUCUUUAAGGAACAUCCCAACAUUGCUCAAGAAACCGCAUUCAUAUUCACCUCGGAUCACGGAAUGACUGAUUGGGGCAGUCAUGGAGCAGGGUCGGCGCAUGAGACGAUAGCACCGCUAAUUGUUUGGGGCAAGCAUAUUCCCCGGCCGAUGUCAGCAAAUUGGCACUCUCAUCUGUUGCCAUUCACGCGUAACCUGGGUCGACACGAUAUUCACCAAGCUGAUCUCUGCCCAUUGAUUGCGUGUCUCCUUGGUAUCGCGAUUCCAGCCAACUCUGUUGGUGAACUACCUCUCGAUCUUUUGGAUGUGGACUCAUCGGUAAAAGUUGGCCUUAUCAGAGAGAAUGCUCUGCAUAUUCUCAAGCAACUACAUAUCAAAUACGAAGAGCAGAAAGCUGGUCAUUACCAUUUCUUAUUUCGCGAAUUCAGUAAAUUUACACAAAAGCAGAUAGACAGUAUGCUGGAGAGUGCAGCCUUACAGGCGACGAACCAUGACUACGUUGCGGCUAUUGAAACAUAUCGAAGGAUUAUUAGAUUGAGCCUGGAGGGACUGGACUACUACCAUAAAUAUGGUCGAUUUUUUAUGGGCCUUGCUAUCAAACAUUCGUACAUCAAGAGAGGAGAGCUUGGUUUUUCUAUUGGCGACACAAAGGUUUCACUCAUAGGUCCUCGCACUUGCUUGUUGGAGCUACUAACUGGCGCGGCUUGGCGUGCUGCGCGGCUAUCAUACGCAGUCUGGUCGCUGCUUCUCUACGUGGACACAUUCUGCCAUUCGGACCCUAAGCCUAGAGGGAAUGAGCAUAAGAGGACGAAGCCUGAUUCCUGGGUCUUGGCGCUUUCGUUAUUUAUUGCUAUCGUUAUUCUUGGUUUUCUAAGCAACGCUCAUCAUCAAUCUCUUUUGCGGACCUUUUAUCAAAUCCUUCCGCUUAUUCUGGGUCUAAUUCUACUAUGGACGCCAAGGUAUCGUCAGGGCUUGUUCCAUCUCUUUUGUCGUACUCAUUCUUUCAAGGCUGUCGGUGAGAAGAAACAAAGUGGCUCCAAAUAUGGCUUGAUGUUAGCUCUCCUGGUCAUGCUCAUGGAAUUUGGGCUCUGGGGCUUCGUGCAUCGUUCUUUGCUCUCCUUUGGAGCCAUAUUCCUCGGUACUUGGCCGUAUCUGGAUUCCACUUUCAUUAAACUACGAAAUAGACCAAAAUUGCAGCGAAUAUGGUGCUGCGCUUGCUGCGUGCUGGCGAUCUUUCCCUUACUACCCCUGGUUGGGUCUUUCACUUCUCCCACUCUCGUACUUUUCUCAAAUAUUUGUACAUCAAUGUUGGCUUUCGUCCUUCUUCGGAUCUGUCGAAGGUCUGAACAUGUGCUUCCAUGGUACAGAGAACCAAAUUACCUUUUGAUAUUCGAGUCGCUUGUUAGUGGCUUGUUAGUCUUCCUUGUUCGCACUCUGGUGUCGUGGUCAGUCUCGAUCCCAAUUCUCGUCCAUGUCAUUUGUUGGAUCCUCUUAAUUGCUUCACCACUGCUUGCCUUAUUCAACAAGAAUUUCGUCGUCUGCGAAAGGCUUGUUGGUCUGACUUUGGCCUUCUUCAUUCCCUUCAGCCUUAUGAACGUAUUCUACGAGGGAUUGUUUUUUCUCACAUUUGCCACAGUAUUGUUCACGUGGAUCUGGCUCGAAUCGGAUUUGGAAUUUCAUGAGUUCUACUCGCUCAAAUUGACAACUGAAUCGCAGGGAAAACCUCCUAGCACUGGUGGCCUCUUCCACGUGGAUUUAGCGAGUCUUCGCCGACCGCUCUUUUACGUAUUUUUUGUUAUUUACUCGUUCUUUGGUACUGGGAAUAUCGCCAGCAUCAAUACAUUCGACCCAGUAUCGGUGUACUGUUUCAUGACAGUCCUCAAUCCCGCAGCAAUGGGUGCCCUCCUCAUUUUCAAGAUCCUCUGUCCUAUCGUGUUGGUCGGAAUUGCGUACAGCCUGAUAGGUCGAGUCAAAGAGAGUCUGGGAAGUGCUACUGCCUCCUCUCCAGUUCAUGGUGCGCUCCACCCGGAAACUACAUUCCUUAUGAUAAUUGCCAACUUCCUUGCGGUGCACUUUUUUGCUAUGUUGAAGGAUGAGGGCUCGUGGCUAGACAUCGGGGAGAGCAUCAGCCACUACGUGAUUGCCAUGUCUAUUGGAUUGGCCAGUGUCGUCCUCUCCCACCUCGGCAGUUGGAUGCUGGUACCCACGUGGGUGAAAACUCACUCUGACAGGAUGAAAUUUUUGUAG